AUGGAGUCCAUCUCGCUAAACGAGGUUAAUCCCACCAACUCUGAUAUAAUCAAAGCGCUAGAUGCAGCCACCUUUCUCCGAAAAUCUGGCAUUAACCAGCUUACGCUAAAAAAUAUAUGGGAUCUUAGCGAUCCAAACUGCCUAGGCUACCUUGACAAAAAGUCUUUUUUCAUCUCUCUCAAGUUGAUAGCCAUGGUUCAAAAUGGAAAACCGCUCAAUAUCACCGACAUUAAAGUAUCAGUCCCACCGCCAAUUAUCUCUGACGACGUGCUCAGUUGCAUCGACUGGAGCAUCUCUAAAGAAAACGUUGAAAACUACAAAGUAGUGUACAACUCUUUGAAUCCAAUUGAUGGAAAACUGGCUGGAAGCAAAGUCAAGCCGUACAUGGUCAACUCCAAGUUGCCAGUCGAACUUUUGACCAAAGUCUGGGAUCUCAGCGACAUUGACCAAGACGGCUUUCUCAACAUGAAAGAGUUUAUUCUCUCAUGCCACCUCAUUGCCAAGGCGUCACAGGGUUUGCUAUUGCCUCCCCAGCUUCCAAGCGAACUACUCAACUUUAAUCCGCUGGAAACAUCAGUUCAGCAGUUAAACUUGAAACUGUCUCCCAUUUCUUCCUCACCCCAGUCAUUCAUUAGCGAGGCCGAACCCAGCACCAUUCCUCAGUGGAUUGUUCCCACUGAAGACAGAGCAGUAUAUGAAGCCAACUUUAUUAAACUAGACAAGGACAAUGACGGUUUAGUGAAUGGUUUCGACGUCAAGGACACAAUGAUGCAAAGCGGACUCCCGCAAAACGUUUUAGCGCACAUUUGGAACUUGUGUGACAUAAAGGGAACCGGAAUGCUAAACUCUGAGCAGUUUGCUUUAGCAAAUUACUUUAUCAAACAAAAACAAAGUGGCUUAGAGUUGCCCAUGCAAUUGGCUCCUCACAUGGUUCCGCCCACAUUGAGACCCAAACCGACUGAAUCCACUAGCUCUGAAAAUGUCAACGGUAGUCAAACUUCAACUGGAAACAAGGAACUGGAUAACCUGAAUGAAGAAAUUAAACAGCUGCAAAUGGAAAAGGUCAAAUACGAGUCUGAGGUGACGUCUGAAGAAGCAUCACUGCGACUUAAACAAAGUGAAAUCAAAAGUAUUCAAAAUGAGAUUGAAACUCUCUCACAGAUGCUAAAGCAACUAGAAAACCAGAAAAAUGACGCAUCCAAGCGUCUAGACGACCUCAAUUCACAGGUCGAUAGUCUCAACAAGCAGUACCUGGAACAAAAGAAAAAGAUUGACGAGCAAGACGGAGACUUGAAUUUGAAGCGAAAAGAGUUUGAAGACUUGAAAAAUGAAGAAGCUCGACUCGAGUCAAAGUUGACCCUAUCAAAGGGUGAAGCCGAGCAGGCGUCUAAAAAUGCUACCGAUACUCAGCUGGAAAUUAGCCAAAUAAAGACCAAUUACGUUGAGCUGGAAGAGUAUGAGCGGCGAGUCAAUGAGAUGAUCAGUGAUUACGAUCAUGCCAUUGAGAACCAGGACUUUGUCAAGAUUGCCUCCCUCUUGCCUCGCAGCAUUACACCGCCUCCCUUUGUGGAACUUGAAUCGGCAGGCCUUGAUGAGUUUAAGGCGGAAUUUAAUGCUGAUCCAUUUGCGGGAGAAGAUCCAUUUAAAGAUGAUCCCUUCAAUUCGGCCAAAGCCGCAGACGCCUUUGGUGCUUCUGACAAUUUUGCCAAUUUUGAUGCAUUUGGAAAUGGCACUAGCAACAAG